GUUCACGAUCAGUGCCAACGGGGGGACGAAGUUCAACAACGUGGAGGCCAACAAGGUCGGGAACUACAACGUGCUGCUGCAGGGAUGCUCUUCUGCGCUCUACGACACCAGCUGCACUUGGGAGGAGUCGCAUGAGACCUUCCACCAUGCCUUCGCCGCCUUCCCCUGGGAGGUGCUGGAGUGCUUCUCUCCGCCGCCUUCUCCUGGCGGCACUGGGGCCAUUUCACCGGCAGCUAUGAAGGCCACCAGGGCUCCGGCGAGCUCGUGGAGAUGUAUGGCUUUGCAGUAG